AUGGGUGUGAAUUCACAUGCCCGGUUGUGGAGGAGUGUUCAUCGACCUCAUACACGGCAGUUGGUGUAGGUGUGGCUGGAGGAGUGGUAGUUGGACUUAUUUCCGGGAAUAGUCGGGACAGUCACUGUGCUGUUUAGUUAUCAUGAGGAAGAGAGCUUCCAAAGGAACCUCCAACAGAGACACAGAGCUGAGUGCAACAAAUGUUGUUUCUGAGUCUCGACCUCCAGCAGUGGUGUAUGAGACAGUGAGUGAUGUGGUGACACCCACUGGUCCAGACACCAGUGAGAACGUGGCUUAUGGAGUCUCUCACUCUCUACCCACCACCACACAACACAACCCUGCUUAUGGACACAAACUCCGAACA